GAAAAAUACAUGAUUCUGUCCACACACAUGGUCAUAAAAAGUGACUUCAUUUCUCUCUCUUACCAUCUCAAUGGUAGCUAACAAAAUAAGCAUAAACAAAUCUACCUCCAUUCGCCAUCCAUGGCCAUCUCAAGAACUCAUCAUCAUGCUUUUCUCCUCCCUUCACCAGGAAUGGGUCACAUAAUCCCAGCCCUAGAACUUGCCAAGCGUUUAGUCACUCACAAAAUCAUUCCCAAGCUCACCUUCUUUUACACUCCAAUAGCAAACUCUAAUCCCUCCAAAGCUGAAACCCUAGUUCUUCACUCAGCCAUCAAGGAAAACCUCUUUGAUAUAAUCCAACAGCACCCACUUGACCUCACCAGCGAAGUUGACCCCGAUGCCUCUGCAGAAGACAAAAUAGCAAUCUUAAUGCAUGAACUCCCACUCCUCUUUGUGUCCACAAUCUCCACCAUGAACCUCAACCCAACCAUCAUCAUCACUGAUUUCUUCAUAUGCCAAGCUCUACCUCUAGUCCAAAAUCUAAACCUACCCAUGUUUGCUUUUUCGCCGACUAAUGCGUGGCUCGUUGCGCUUGGUCUUCACACCCCCACUUUGGACAAACAAAUACAAGGAGAAUAUGUCGAUGAGAUUGAACCAAUCUCAAUCCCUGGUUGCAAACCCAUAUAUCCCAAAGACAUGUUCGAUAUGUUGAAAGACAGGACACAUAGGUUGUACCGUGAAUUUAUUGGCGCGUGUGAAGGAGCAGCAUUGGCUAAUGCUAUCUUUGUGAACACGUUUCAUGAGUUGGAACCUAAGACACUUGAAGCACUUGGUAGUGGAGGAAUUAGCACGGUGCCCGUGUACCCGGUUGGGCCAAUAAUAAGGGAACCAAGCCCAAGAAGCCCGAGCCCAAGCCCGAGCCCGAGUAGUGAUGAGGGAAAGAGAAGUGAAAUUGUUGAGUGGCUAAACAGGCAAGAAGAAGAGUCAGUGGUAUUUGUAUCACUUGGGAGUGGAUACACUAUGUCAGGUGAAGAAAUCAAAGAGAUGGCAUUGGCGUUGGAACUAAGUGAAAACAAAUUUGUUUGGUCUUUGCGUCCGUCCGUCAACAAAGCUGGCCAUGAUCACUAUCUCACAGCAGGUGAUGAAACUGGAAGUACUACUAGCACAGUGUCUAAUGUUGAAAAAUCAGAUUUGUUUCCUGAUGAGUAUCAUCGCAUACAAAGGAAUGGGAUUGUGAUCACAGAUUGGGCACCACAGUUGGACAUUUUGAAGCAUCCAUCAAUUGGUGGUUUUGUGUCACACUGUGGAUGGAACUCUGUGAUGGAGAGCGUUUCAUGUGGGGUGCCAAUAGUUGGAUUGCCUAUUUUUGCAGACCAAAUGAUGAAUGCUACAAUGCUUGUGGAGGAAGUUGGCAAUGCAGUUCGAGUAAAGGCUUCACCAUCAACCAACAUGGUUCAAGGGGAUGAGUUAGGAAAAGCAAUAAGGAAGAUAAUGAAUAAGGAUGAUAAAGAAGGAUGUGUCAUAAGAGAAAGAGCUAAACAACUCAAACACUUAGCAGAAAGAGCUUGGUCUCAUGAUGGUUCUUCUUAUUCUGCACUUUCCAAAAUAGCUCUCUGAAAUGGCUUGGUAUACUCUGUUUGGUGGAAGAAAUUCUAUUAUGAAAUAACCAAUUGCUAUCUUAUUUGGUUUGAA